CACGAAUACCGGCGAGGAAAUCUCAGCGGCGGUGGUAAUGCUGAUGGUAGAGAUACCACAGCUUCUUUUUCAUCUUCUUGGAAUAACGACUUCACAACGACUACGUCAGAGGUGUCUGCGCCAGCACGCAUUGUUUAUUCAGAAUUGGUAAAGCAGAACGGUACGUCCAACAGCCUGGAGAAGAUGGGCCAAACAGAUCUCAUCGACCGCUCGUUAGAUCUGAUUGGUAUUCCUCAAUCCUCACAACGUUGGUGGCAGGCAGACGGAAUAGCAAAAGCGCAUAAGAAACUGAUCUACAGCUUCGCAGCUACGGAAACGACGGACUUGCUAGCGGGUGAUGUUGAAAGGCGGACCAAAGUUUCACGAGACGAAGCGUCUGCAGACGAAUGCGCAGCUUCUUCUACACAAGAUACGGAGGAAGAGACUUCUUCAGCUGGUUCAUCCUUGGAGAAAGAAGAUGAAGACGAGGAAGUCGAAGAAGCAGAUGUAUACAUGAGUGUCGAUGGAGACGACAGAAUGGACCACGUAGAGGAGGAGGAAGAAGAGGAAAUGACAGACGAGGCAUUAGCAGACUCAAAAGCUCUUAGAUCAGACUCAAAAGCAGCUUCUUCGAAAAAAGCCGCAGCCGCAGAAGAUCCAGACGGAGAUAUUGACCCAAAGCCAAGAGUAAACAGCGCGACCGCCAACAACAACGACUCGUCUGCUUUUCUACGACCUCUCUACCUACCGAAUGUGAUGGCCGCUGCAGUGGAAUCCGGGAUCGAUCUGGUAGAGUUGUUGUCUGACGAGUCCAGCGACCGUUACCUAAGCCAACACGGAACAGAGGGCCAAAACACAUACGAGACGAGGGUCGCACUUCAAGGUUUAGUUCGUGCUGCUCUUGGUUUCCCAGUGCCUUUGAUGAAGGAGACAGACGAGUCCUUGGAGCCAGGUCUACGCACUGCCUUGCAGACCUGCUUUGCGUCAAGUCGUUGGCUGCCAAAUGCCAUUUCAGAUGCGCAAGUAACUCAGCUUUUCGUUGCCAUUUCCACAGCUAAUGUGAGUAGAAUAGUCAAAGUACCGUCCAAGAGUGACCAUGAUGCUUCCGGAACAUCAAGUGAAGGCUCCAUUGAUAUGGAGGAAGAGAUAGCUCGAAGGGUCGAGACAGGUGCUAAAGAAAUAGUUGCAGGAGCGGAGAGCGCACGCGCAGACACUUGCAUCAAUGAAGAGACACCAAACUCAUCUAGUACUGCCAGCAUUUCCUCUGAAAAGCUUCUCAUCAUUGGCCGAAGCUUGUUGCGUACUCUACUUGAAGCCUUAGAUUGCAGCCUAGAGGGCCGUCCGAUACGUGUGGUACGGCGAAGGCCUGAUGGUUCUCACAAACUCGUUUUUUCGACUAAGAAGCAUAUACGUACGAGGAUCCUCGCUUACAGACAAUACCUUAACGAAGUCAAAGCUGCAGAGGAAAAGGUCGGGAAAGGUAAGAACAAUUCGAAAAAAAGCAAGAGUGUUGCCCAAACAGCAAAGACUCCUUGUUUUUCGUCUCUUACCAAACGUCUUUCAGAACUAGCACACAGCGAAGACAAUUCCGUGCCAGAAAGAACUAUCCUUCUAGUUAUGCAAGCUAUAGUUGAGGAGGCUGCUGCCGAGCGGAAAAAGAAAGAAGAGGAGGAGGAAAAUUACCUAAACGCUGGUGCUGCUGAAGAUUCCUGGUCGACGAAUUGGAAGCAGCAUUCUAGUACGGGCUCAUCAUGGUGGAAUUCAGAAGCCGCUGGGGAAAAUGAUGACUCGCCUGCACAACAAAAUAGUUACCAUGAUUAUAAGAACCACAAAGGCUCAUCAUCUUCAUCGUCGAGCAAAGGUAUGGGUAAAGGUAAGGGUAAGAAAGGGCCAGGGAAGGGAAGCUCAUCUAAAGGAAAGGGAUCGCAGGGUAAGGGAUCCAAACCCUUGCGAGAUCUUGAGGACCAUGAAUUGAAAAAAAUCACAUGGGCAAUCCCUGAGGUGGGUGGGGAUGAUGAAAACUUCUUUGAAUAAGCGACAAUGCAUCAUGGACCCACUCCCAUAGUUGGUAAUUGAAUUUGCCUCAAAUUGUAGUUUCCCUUUUUCAUCAAAUAAUCAUCUCAGAAAAUAAUCGUCG